AGGAACAGGCAGGAGGCCAAUGCAGGGCUUGAUUUAAGGAGGCGGGGUUUUCUACAAAGCUGCUCAGGCCUAACCUUGAUUGGGUCAGCAAAGAGGAGCACCUGUUUUUGAAAAAAAUAAAAGUGGGAUUUUCUACAAAGGUGCUCAGGUUCAUCUCUUCAUUUGCAUCCUGAUUUAGAAGAACCAUCUCCUGAAGUGGUCCAGUUUGUGGAAAUAUUGUAGCCAAAGAAGUUUUCUUUAGGAGUCAGUCAAUUGGGUAUAAGCCAGACAUGUCAUCGAUUACUGUGCACGAGAUGAUGCAGCUUCUGACCCGACUAUGUGAAGUGUGGGGAAUGACGGCUGGCAUCAAGCAAACCAAACGAGUUGCCGUUACAGCAGGUUUGGGGGCCCUUUUCGGGGGCAUGUUGGGCGGACCAGUUGGCAUUGCAGUAGGGGCUUCACUCGGUGGCUUGCUCGGCACCAAGAAUACAGGUGAAUUUAAGCCCAUCCGUCUGAUUAUUCGGGAAAUGCCUCCUGAGAAACAGGAGCAACUGUGCAAGAUAGCCUUUCGCGUCAUCCGAGACAUGGAGUGGCCGAACGCGGCGCAGCUCAUGAACCUGAUCAUGGAGGAUGUAGCCAUACAAGAGCAAUUGGUUGGGGUGGUGAUGGACUAUCUCGCCAAUGAACUCAAAGCCGAAAUCAAGUUCGACAAAACGAAACCUUGACGAAGCCAAUGUGUGUGCAUU